AUGGCUCAGACCAAUGGCGAGCUGGAGCACUCGAAAGGCAUGUCGUCACCGGCCGUCCGAAUUUCCCAAGCGCAAAAGUCCACCAAGUUAACCGUUGAUCCAGAGUCUCCUGAGCAAGUCGCCAACGGAACCCACGCCGAGGGAGAGCAGCCUGAGGAGAAUGCUGGCGGUCUUUUCCAGAUCUCCGUCAAGCUGCCUCAUGAGCCCUACAAGAUCCAGGUGAUGGUGUCGAGCCAAGAACAAGUCCAGGAUGUCCGCCAAUCCAUCGUCGAGCUCCCGAGCACCUUCCAGUACACCUGCUUCCAUCUCGAGUUCAACGGAAAGCGCAUCAAUGACUUCGUCGAGCUCUCGGAGGUUCCCGACCUCAAGGCCGACUCGGAGAUCGUCCUCGUGGAGGACCCCUACACCGAGAAGGAAGCCCGUAUGCACGUCGUUCGCAUGAGGGAGCUGGUCGGCGCGGCCGGUGAUCGCGUUGACAACAUUCAGGGUGUCAAUGCUGGUCUGUCUCUCCAUGAUGCAAUUGCGGCUGAAGCAGCCGCUGGCGAGGCUUCCGAAAAGGAGCACUCUCUGUCCAAGUAUGAGAUUGCGGGUUCUUCCUCUCUCAAGACCAUUCUCCCCCGGCCGGAGACGCCUCUCCCGAAGACCGUGAAGUCUAUCGCUCUCUCGCCAUGGAACCCUGCCCCCUAUCAUCUGCGGCAGAAGGGUCAUCUGCUCUAUCUUCAGGUCACCACCAACGAGGGCGAGCAGUUCCAGAUCACCUCCCACGUUUCCGGCUUCUACGUCAACAAAUGCUCGAAUGCGAAGUUCGAUCCGUUCCCCAAGACGAUCCCCAAGAAGCGCAGCGCUCACUCGCUCCUCACUCUGAUCUCCCAGCUGUCUCCCUCCUUCAACUCUUCCUUCGAAGCCCUGCAGGAAGCGAACAACCAGAAGGAUCUCCUCACCACCUUCCCCUUCCAGAACGCCAUCCCGAACAACCCUUGGCUUGUGCCUGCUCCCUCGUCCAACGUCAACGCCCACCAGCCGGACAUCACUCGUUCUCAGGAGAACUACUUGAUUUCCGGCGUGGACAAUGCCGAAACUCUGCGUGACUGGAACGAGGAGUUCCAGACCACCCGGGAACUGCCCCGCGAGACUGUCCAGGAUCGCGUUUUCCGGGAGCGUCUGACCUCCAAGCUGUUCGCUGACUACAACGAGGCUGCUGCUCGUGGUGCCGUUUUGGUUGCCCGCGGAGAGGUUGCUCCUCUGAACCCCACGGAAGAGCGUGAUGCUCAGAUUUUUGUGUAUAACAACAUCUUCUACUCCUUCGGUGCCGAUGGUGUUGGCACUUUCGCUUCCGAGGGUGGUGAUGAGGCUGCCCGUGUUGCCGUCGGCAAGGAUGUUCUCGGUAUCAAGGCCGUGAACCAGCUCGAUAUCAAUGGCCUCUUCACCCCCGGCACCAUUGUUGUGGACUACCUUGGCAAGCGUAUCGUUGGACAGAGCAUCGUUCCCGGUAUCUUCAAGCAGCGGGAGCCCGGUGAGAACCAGAUCGACUAUGGUGGUGUUGAAGGCAAGGAUGUCGUGGCCACCCACCCUGAUUUCGUUCCUGUCUUCGAGAAGCUGUCCAAGGCCCUGCGCAUUAAAAAGCACCCUGUGUGGGACAAGGAGGGAAAGCGUCACGAUCUGGAAGGCAGUGUUGAGACCAAGGGCCUUCUCGGAACCGAUGGCCGCAAGUACGUCCUGGACCUCUACCGGGUUACUCCCCUGGAUGUCAUGUGGCAGGAAGAGGAGGGUAGUGAUGUUUACCCCCACCGCAUGUCCAUCCUCCGACUGGAGCUGGUUGAAUCGUACUGGAGACACAAAAUGAGCCAGUAUGUGAAGGCCGAAGUUGAGCGUCGCCGUGUCGCUAAGGAGGCCGCCAAGAAGGAGCAGUCUGAGACUGCUGAGCCCAAGGAGGAGGGCGCGGAGGAGAAGAGCGAAGAGGCUCUCGACCAGGAGCGGGUGGACAUCUCUGGGUUCUCCCUCGCUCUGAACCCGGAUGUUUGCAGCGGCCAGGUCCCUCAGACUGCCGAAGAGAAGGAACAGUGGGCCCAGGACGAGAAGGAGGUCCGCGAUACCUGCGAUUUCUUGCGUUCCAAGGUCAUGCCUGAGCUGGUUCAGGAUCUGCACGAUGGCGAUGUCGGAUUCCCCAUGGAUGGCCAGUCCCUCAGCCAGCUCCUGCACAAGCGCGGUAUCAACAUUCGUUAUCUCGGAAAGUUGGCUCAAAUGUCCAAGGAGAAGGGCGCUCGUCUGGAUGCUCUGACGACCCUUCUUGUCCAGGAGAUGAUUGCCCGUGCUUUUAAGCAUAUUGCGAACAACUACCUGCGCAAUGUCCCGGCACCUUUCGUUGCCUCCUGCCUUGCUCACCUUCUCAACUGCCUGCUCGGUGCGGACGUCAAUGCCAACCCUCGUGCGGAGAUCGACUCCUCCCUGCGGGAGGUCUACCCUGAGGGCGAUUUUUCCUUCGAGAAGGCCACCCCUGCCUCCCUCCGGGCUGAUAUCGAGAAGCAGGUUACCAUCAGAUACCGUUUCUCUCUGGACGCUGAAUGGUACAACUCCCUGCGACACCUUCAGCUGCUCCGUGACAUCGCCAUCAAGCUGGGUAUCCAGCUCGGUGCCCGCGAUUUCGUCUUUGCCAAGGCCGAUCUUCCCAAGACUCCCGUCUCCAACGGCGUCAACGGUGCUGGACACGAUGACAGCAACAGCAACAAAAAGAAGAAGAAGAAGGGCGGUGACUCCAACUCUCCCGCCCGUGCUGCGGUUGAGGACAAGCCCGCCCUCUCGAUUGUCGUGGACGACAUUGUCAAUGUUGUUCCUCUGGUUAAGGAUGCUUCUCCUCGCAGCUCCCUUGCCGAAGAGGCUUUGGAGGCCGGACGUAUCUCGCUUAUGCAGAACCAGAAGCAGCUAGGCCAGGAGCUCAUCUUGGAAUCUCUGUCCCUGCACGAGCAGAUCUACGGCAUUCUCCACCCUGAGGUCGCCAAGCUCUACCACCAGCUGUCCAUGCUAUACUACCAGACUGAUGAGAAGGAGGCCGCCGUGGAGUUGGCCCGCAAGGCGGUCAUCGUUACUGAACGUACUCUGGGCGUUGACUCCGCUGACACUAUUCUGAGCUAUCUCAACCUCAGUCUGUUCGAGCAUGCUUCGGGCAACACCAAGACUGCCUUGGUCUAUAUCAAGCACGCCAUGGAUCUGUGGAAGAUCAUCUACGGUCCCAACCACCCUGACUCCAUCACUACCAUGAACAACGCCGCUGUGAUGCUGCAGCACCUCAAGCAGUACUCUGACUCUCGCAAGUGGUUUGAGGCCUCGCUCGUCGUCUGCGAGUCUCUGUUUGGCAGACAGUCGAUCAACACGGCUACCAUUCUGUUCCAGCUCGCUCAGGCCCUUGCCCUGGACCAAGAUUCCAAGGGCGCUGUCGGCAAGAUGCGCGAUGCCUACAACAUCUUCCUUCAGCAGCUGGGCCCCAACGACCGUAACACCAAGGAGGCGGAGACCUGGUUGGAGCAGCUCACGCAGAACGCUGUGUCGAUUGCCAAGCACGCAAAGGAUAUCCAGGCCCGUCGUCUGCGUCGCAUCAACAUGACCCCUCGUACUCUGGGCACCCGGGUCCAGCCUCAGGUCGGCCAGACUGCCCCCGAGUCCGCUGGCGCCAAGGAUGCCUCCAACACCAGCCUUGACUCUCGCAGCAUCGAUGAGUUGCUGAAGUUCAUCGAAGGCGGUGACACUACCAGCGCUUCUCGCUCGAAGCAGAAGAAGCGUGCUGCUGCUAGCAACCCCAAGCUGCGUGGCUCGAAGAAGUCAUCGGCUUAA